AUGAGUGCAGUUUGCUAAAGCAGAACCUAAAUUUAAUACACUCUAUGUGCCAAUUUAAUUGUUACUUUUUAAAUAUUCAAGAAAAUACAAUUACAAGACUAAGUGUCAAACUUGAGAGAUUGGUAUAAUUUGCAAAAUUAAGAUCUAAUCCAUAUGCGUCCUGAUCACUAAUUGAAUUACUUCUUUUAAAGUAUUGAAGAAAAUAUUAUUAGCUAGAAAGAAAAAAUAAAGAAAAAUAUCAAAAACAAAAAAUGA